AUGGCUAACAUGGAAAAGCACCAAAUUUAUGCACUUCAAAUUAAUCUAAACAUUCCUUUGGAAUCUGAGGAUGGGCACGUUGGUGGAGUACUACCUGAUCUUAAUGAAGAUGCAUUUCCCGACCUCAAUCUUAAUCCCGAUGAAGAAGAUGACACACAACUGAGUGGAGAAUUGCAAGCAUUACUAGAAGAACGAACCAUAAAUUCUGAGGCAAAUGAAGAACUAUCACAACCAAAGACAAAAAGAAAUUUAAGCAACGAUGAACAAAUAGCUAUGUAUGAGAUGUUACUGCAUAAAAAUUUCAAUGGACUUUUGAGGCAUGGAGUGACAAAGAAGGUGGCAACAAAAUUCUCAACUAGCACAAAAACAGUUCAACGUAUCUGGAACCUAUCAAAUCGUGGUAAAGGUACUUCUGAAACUGCAUGUAGUAAAAAGCCAAGAAAUUGUGGUCGUAAGAGGUCAGGACAAAUAAAGAGACAUUCAAAUGCUAUAAAGCCGUAUCUAAAAGAUGAAAACAAAAGAACUCGAUUGCGAUUUUGCUUGUCGAUGCUUGAUAGUGGUAGCAUACCACAUGAUCCAGUUUUUAUGGACAUGUUCAACACUGUGCAUAUCGAUGAGAAGUGGUUCUAUAUGACCAAAAAAUCGGAGAAUUAUUAUUUGCUUCCGGAUGAAUUAACUCCAUUACACACUUGUAAAAGCAAAAGUUUCAUAUGUAAGGUUAUGUUUUUAGCUGCUGUUGCUCGUCCAAGAUUCGAUGUAGAAGGGAAUGAGAUCUUCUCAGGAAAAAUCGGUGUGUUCCCUUUCGUAACACAUGAACGCGCUAGAAGAGCCAGUGCUAAUAGAGCAGCUGGCACUCUUGAGACAAAACCAAUAACUUUAGUAACAAAAGAUAUAGAUAAUGCUAGAACACACAUCCAACCUGAUGAUGAAGAAUUUUGCCAAGUAGCGACAGAAGAUGGGUUUGACAUUCGUUUAACGAAUCAACCACCCAAUUCUCCAGAUUUGAACGUGUUAGAUCUGGUUUUUUUUAGAGCUAUUCAGUCCUUGCAGCAUAAGGAGUCACCUACAACUGUUGAUGAGUUACUUACUGCAGUUACGAAGUCAUUUGAUGAUUUUUCCACAACAAAGUCAAAUCAUAUAUUUCUAACACUGCAGUCAUGCAUGGUAGAAAUAAUGCGAGCAAAAGGUUGUAAUGAUUACAAAAUUCCCCAUCUUAGUAAAGCUAUGCUAGAAAGGAAAGGCCAACUACCUACACAGCUAAAAUGUGAUACUUCAUUGGUACAAGAAGUUCUCAGUUAUUUAGAUGGUUCAAAUUAG